UUCGCAGCCAAAUGACAACAGCUUAUCAGAGAUCCCUCUGCGCCGAUCUGCGCCCCGCGAUAAGGCCCUCGGCACGCGGCAACCCUUGCGGUUUGCCCCCAGACUUCACUGGAUGACUCGAACGCGAGACGCAAACUCUGAAAACACCAAACCAAAUCCCCUUUUACAACAUCUCUCCCGUAUCCAACAAGAACACAACGGGAUUCAUGGAUAGACCUUGAACGGCAUACCUGCUCGGCUUGCUUUCAUUUAUUUUUUUUAUUGCGACGAAGCCUUGUUCCGUGAUGCUGCCCUUUAUCGCUGCCGCCCUUGAGACGCCUUAUCGGCCGAGACUCGGCGAGGUGCUCUCGGGGAUCUUCGGCAGCGUGAGCUUGACGGCAUGGAUAUGUCUCUUGCUCCCCCAGUUGAUCACCAACUACAAAACCAAGAGCGCAGACGCCUUAUCAAUGAAGUUCCUUCUGAUUUGGCUCCUCGGUGAUGUCUCCAAUUUGUCUGGCGCCCUCUUCACGAGCCUCGCGCCGUCCACGAUAGCACUCGCGAGCUACUUUUGCGUUGCCGACCUGAUCCUGAUCAGCCAAUGCACCUACUACAACACCAUCAACGCCCGCCGGCAAGCCCGUCGCGAGGCCCACCUCCACCAUCACCAUCAUCACCAACACCACCACCACCACCACCACCACCAUCGUCAUCCCAGGCUUUCGACCGACGACGAGCCGGGCGCGAGUGCCUCCUCCGCCGUAGCCGAUCACCACGCGGCUCCGACACCCACCGAAACCGACCCAUUACUCCCUCCCUCCAGCGCCACCGCCACGGCGGCGGGCGGAGCGACGGGGGACUCCCACUGCCGGCACCACGAGAGCCUCCUGAACAACCGGCGCGGCAGCACCGGCAGCAGCAGCGGCGGGCCGCUGCUGAGCGACCCGCUGGUGCGCAUCAUCACGAGCGAGGACGACGACGCGUCCGGCGCCGGCCGCACGUGGCUGCACAACACGGUCAGCCUGGUCGCGGUCUGGGUGAUGGGCGCGGCCGGGUGGUACUUCAGCUACAGGGUGGCCGCGUGGGGGGCCGAUGCCGGGAACGGGAACGAGGAUCUCGCCGCGCCCGUCCCGGGAGACGGGGAGGAGAUGAUGAAGGAGCCGGUGGCGGUCGUGGGGAUGGUCCUUGGGUAUGCGAGCGCGCUGUGCUAUCUGUGUGCUCGCAUCCCGCAAAUCAUCAAGAACUACCGCGAAAAGUCGUGCGAGGGGCUCGCGCUCCUUUUCUUCCUGCUGUCGCUGACGGGCAACUUCACGUACGGCGCCAGCGUCGUCUCGUAUUCCCAGGAACGUGACUAUCUCGUCAGGGCGCUGCCGUGGUUGCUCGGCUCGCUGGGGACCAUGGUCGAGGACUGCAUCAUCUUUGUGCAGUUCCGGAUAUACUCACCCAAGAGGCAGCUCAAGGCGGGCGGGGCCGCUUAGAUAUUCGAACUCUUGCUGACAUGGUUUAGAACGGGGACGUCUUAUGGGAUCGGAUUAUGUUGAGUGGGAGAACCUCGGGUCAGCGUGGGAGUUGCGGGG